AUGGAGCCAGUCAUUCCCCUACUGCAUGUGGUAAUGGCCAUUCUUAAUUUUUCAAGAGCUAAUUCAACUACUUGUACCCUACAAGGAUUUUCAGUAUAUCCACAGCUGUGGAAUGAUGGGGAUAUCAUAAUUGGAGGUAUUUUUCCCAUACACAAUUAUUGGGAGUCCACAGAUUUGUCAUAUUCGGUCAUUCCACCUCCACUGAAGUGUAUAAGUCUUGAUUUCACAGCCUUGCAGUCUUCACUGACCUUGAUCUUUGCAAUAGAGGAGAUCAAUAACAGUCCAUCCUUACUUCCUGGAAUCACAUUAGGCUACAAGAUAUAUGAUACAUGUAGUUCUGCAUCACUGGGGGUCAAAAUAGCUAUGGCACUUGUAAAUGGAUAUGAUAACUCGAGUGAGCCCUGUACAAAGCCAGCACAGGUACAAGCCAUAAUAGGUGAGGCAUACUCAUCAGUGUCCAUGGCUAUAGCAAAGAGUAUUGGACCUUUCAGCAUUCCUCAAAUCAGUUAUUUUUCCACCUGUAAGUGUCUCAGUGACAAGAAGAAAUACCCUUCAUUUCUGCGCACUAUCCCUAGUGACUACUUUCAGAGCAGAGCCCUGGCAGAGAUGGUCAAUCACUUUGGCUGGACCUGGGUGGGAGCAAUAAGAAGAGAUGAUGACUAUGGUAACAGUGGAAUGGCUGCAUUUACUGAAGUUGCAGAACAAUUGGGCAUCUGUUUAGAGUAUUCCCUUCCAUUUUCUAAAACCUACUCCGAAGAAAGAGUACUGCAUAUCGUUGACCAGGUAAAAGGUGCCACGUCUCGGGUGAUUGUGGCGUUUCUUGGCACUCGUGAGCUGGAGAUCUUGCUUCAUGUUUUUUUUGAGCACAACAUCACCGGAUUCCAGUUUGUAGGAACAGAGGGUUGGAUCUCUGAUUCAGAAUUGGCCAAACUUGAUAAGAGCAACAUACUACGAGGAGCCAUUGGGCUAGCCAUUCCCAAAACAAAGGUCACAGGUCUAAAAAACUUCUUUGUAGAUAUAAGACCACUGAAAUAUUCAGGCAAUGUCAUUUUUAAAGAAUUCUGGGAGACUCUCUUCAAGUGUAAAUAUACAAAUCGGAAUAUUUCAGUGAACAUAUCAGUGUGUACAGGAGAGGAGAAAUUGUCGGAGGUGGAAGACAUCUACAGUGAUGUUUCCCUAAUGCCUAUUUACAGUAAUGUGUAUAAAGGAGUAUAUGCUAUUGCGCAUACACUCCAUCACUUUCUCGGGUGUAACCAAACAUGUCCUACAAAGAUUCAGCCUGAUCCUCUCACAUUUCUACAACACCUUAAAAGGGUGCAUUUUAGAAGUAAAGAAGGUGACGAAGUUUAUUUUGAUGAAAACGGUGACCCUCCGGCGAAAUAUGAAAUAAUUAACUGGCAAGUAAAUAGAGAAUAUCAACAUGAACUUGUGACUGUUGGACUUUAUGACUCAUCUGUCUCUGUUCAGGAGCAUCUCAUGAUAAAUGUGCCAUAUAUUUUGUGGGCACAGAACAACACUAAGGUGCCAACAUCUGUGUGCAGUGAGAGCUGUCCUCCUGGCACGAGGAAAGCUGUACAGAAAGGAAAACCCAUCUGCUGUUUUGACUGCAUACCAUGUGCUGAAGGAGAGAUAAGUAAUAUGACAGAUUCUAUUACCUGUGAACAAUGCCAGCAAGAUUACUGGUCUAAUCCUCAGAAAGAUGAAUGUGUAAAGAAAGAAAUUGAAUAUCUUUCUUAUGAGGAAACGAUGGGAAUUUUGCUGACAGCUGCUUCUAUUAUUGGUGCAAUGAUGACGAUGGUAAUAACAAUGAUAUUAUUUAAAUAUAGAAAUACCCCAAUAGUGAAGGCCAACAAUUCUGAGCUGAGCUUCCUGCUGCUCUUCUCUCUGGCUCUGUGUUUUCUCUGUUCACUUACUUUCAUUGGAAGGCCCUCUGAGUGGUCCUGUAUGCUGCGGCACACAACGUUUGGGAUCACCUUCGUCCUCUGUAUCUCCUGUGUUCUGGGAAAGACAAUAGUUGUGUUAAUGGCCUUCAGGGCUACACUUCCAGGAAGCAAUGUCAUGAAAUGGUUUGGGCCUCCACAGCAGAGACUCAGUGUAUUUGCCGUCACACUUAUACAGGUCCUGAUUUGUAUACUUUGGUUAACAAUAUCCCCCCCUUUCCCCUUUAAAAAUCCAAAGCGCUCAAAGGAAAAGAUCAUACUAGAAUGCCAUUUGGGAUCAGCUUUAGGUUUCUGGGCUGUGCUGGGCUAUAUAGGACUUUUAGCACUGUUAUGUUUUAUCUUGGCUUUUCUGGCCCGGAAGUUGCCUGACAACUUUAAUGAAGCCAAAUUCAUCACAUUCAGCAUGCUCAUAUUCUGUGCAGUUUGGAUCACAUUUAUUCCUGCUUAUGUCAGCUCUCCUGGAAAAUUCACUGUAGCUGUAGAGAUAUUUGCUAUUUUAGCCUCAAGCUUUGGUUUACUAUUCUGUAUAUUUUUCCCAAAGUGUUACAUAAUCAUACUGAAACCAGAAAAGAAUAAUAAGAAACAACUUAUGGGUAAAAUACCAGGUAGUUGA